AUGUCAACUCCCAAUGUAACCAACAUCUCUUCAGACGACGAAGAUGAUGAAAUAGAAGUUUUGGAAUUUAGGAAAUUGACUCAGGACUUAAUAGACAAUCCUACCCAGCCAGAGGAAAGAAGAAUCACCAAAAAACUAUCAGAUGUCGAGUGUCCCAUUUGUUUUGAUGAGGUUAGAAGGGCAAUAACCACUUCUUGUGGACACGUCUUUUGUUUAGAAUGUAUUGAACGCAGUAUUUCGAGCUCGCACGCUAGAGGUCAAGUCAGGUCUAGCCAAAGAGGAAGAGGUUUGUGUCCGUUGUGUCGAAAGCAGGUGGUCUUUAAAGAGACAAUUCCACUUAAAAUGAAAAAGGCUGAAAAAAUAGAUAAACCCGAUUUGCCACCCAAAUAG